AUGAUGAUGCCGCACUGCAUAAUCUACGGAAACACGGUGACUGCUUUAUGCAAUGCAAUGGGUAAUGCUGCGAUGUGUCAGCUAGACAAUGCGAUGAUGAUCGGAAGCAUUCCAAACGAGCACUUGUCAAUUUCCGGAAGCCUCACGACCACAAACAUUAUUAUGGCGAACUGGUCGAGAGAGAUGUGGCAAGGCGUGGUGAACAGAGCGGUUCGAAUGCUGGCAUCGGGUCCAUUUAGUGAGAACUUUGCCUCGGCAUUUGCAACCGUCGACUGA